AUGCAUGUUGCAGGGCUCGGUAUUCCUCCGCAUCAGAAUACACCUGCUGAAGGAAGCAAGAGAUUGUCGCAAAGUUCCUACUCCGUCAGGCUUGAACCCGAUGCUCACUUCCCGACACUAUCAGGACAUCUGCGCAACGCAUUUCUUGCCAGGGGCAGGACUUCGGCGUGGGACCCGACUAUUGGAAAGAGCCCUGUUUUCCACAGCGUCCUCGUCGAUCGUGACAUUCGCUUACCGCCUCGCAAGGUGCGCGUCUCAACCUCGACAUCGAGCGGUGUAGCCUCAAUUUCCCCUGCCUCGCAGCUUCCUCCCCGCUCACCACUCUCGCCGCUGCAGCUCAACGGUCCUCUCUUUCCUGAUGGAAUUAUCUCGCCCCAAUGGAUUCGAAGAUACAGGGAUCAAGUACCAGCGGUGCACAUCAUAUUUCAUUGUCUAGCUCAACUGCCAGCUCAGCUGCUCUCGUCGACGCAGGAGCCUGACCAAGUGCCACCAGGUAUCAUUGUCCAAGGCGAGGAUGAAGCUAGCACCCUACAGAAGCUCAAAGCUUAUGACGAAGAGCUUAUUGCACAUAUAUCUGACUCUCUCAGGAUCCUGACCGAGCGGGGGAUCAAGCUGACUGUUGUCCUUCUGACCACCCGCGGCAUGCUCUCACACCCUUCUUUGGAGGCGAGGUUGAGCUACAUUCGCCGCAACUCGGGACUUGAUUCCAAGGCUUCCCUGUUUGUUCUCACUUCGGUCCCGCGGAGUGAAGUCGAAGAUUUCGUGUCCAGCCUGCAAGGUGCGGUUUACGAAGCAGCGCUCGAUUACUACCGUGAACAGGCUCGCCGUGUCCGACGCAAGCGGACUCGAUACCCACCGCCUCCAAGCGUUUGGCAACCUAUUGCUGCCGCACACAAGCAACGCGCACCCGCAUGUGCCUCUCCAUACGAACCCAUUCCGCUUUCCAGGGAGGGAUGGCACAUCCGUGCAGAGUUCAAAUUGGGCACAUUUGCCGAGCUGGCUGGUGACCUCGAUACAGCGCUGCAACAUUACGUGGAGGCCAAGGACAUGCUUGCAAGCUCGAGGUGCCUUGGCAGCACAUCCAUGCUGCCACCGCGAACCAAGCGGUGGGCAGAGGCGAAGGUACUCGUCGAUACCCUUAACAUUCGGAUUUGCCGGCUCUAUCUGUAUCAGUAUGCGACCUCCAUCGGUGGACAACUCGUGCCACCUGGCCACCCGAGGAGCGAUGCGCAGCUGCAGCUCGCCAUGAGCACCUUUCAGAGACACAUUAAGCGCUUUACCGAGCUUAGCACAGGAUGGGGCAUCGGCGAUGCGACUUUUGAGUUCUGGAGCUGGCUUGCGAAGCAGUAUCGCAUGCUUGCAGACCUUCUCGACCAGGCGACAAGCGGUCAAGCACGCCUAGAGCUUCCAGCGCACGCACCACCUUUACCGACCAACCUGCUACCGAGCAGCAUUGCUCAUGGGCCUAACCCUCCUCCAUUUCUUGGUCCUCUGCUCGCGCCAAGUACUAGCGCACUGGCCGAAGGAACGGUCUCACUCCACCAAAUACCUAACCCAGGCUACAUCUACUACUUGGCGGGCAUUUGCACGAUUGAGCGGCGUAAUCGCUUCACCAAGAUGAUCGAAAAUGGCGACGGAAAGGACGAACGGGCUAGCGGGUAUCCUGCGCUCGUGCACGAAAAGCAAGUCGAUCAUGCAGCUCAGAUUGGUGAAGUUCUCAUGCAAGCAUACGAGCACUUUAAGAGAGCUGAUCAAACAAGACAUCUCCUGCUCAUCGCAUCGCAAAUUGCCCUCAACUACUUUGAAGGGGGAAAGUACGAGACAGCACUACCAUUCUUGAAACGCAUAACGAAGACUUACCGCCAAGAAGAGCAGCUCGUUGCGCUCCGCCAGCUCCUUCAGCUGGAAGCAGAGUGCGCCCACCAACUAAGGGACACUGCAAGCGAAGUACAAGCGGCUUGCGACCUGCUAUCAUUCGGUGCCGAUCCGCGUGGUCCUAUUCAUCGCCUUCACGCUCUGCAAGUAGUACAAAAUAUCAAAGUUCCUCCCGAGCGAAAUGCCGAUGACACCUCAGUAAUGGAGACGUAUGAUUACGGCUACCAGAAUGCGAAGGGUUUUAUCUUUGCUUCAUGUGUCUUUGCUCAAGCUGAAGUUCCAGUGAAUACGCCUGUCGACUUUCAGCUCGCCUUGAGCUUUCACUCUGAACGUUCUUGCGGUGAUGACGCGCCAGAGUUUGCAUUCAGCAAGGCCAGGAUAUACUUUGAGGGCCAAGAGAAACCCUCGCAUAUCCUCCGACCCGACGGACGAGAGAUUGCUCAGCGCUUAUGUUCCAUCGGACUAGCAUCAGACACGGAGCCAUGCCAAUCUACUGCGGGGCUCUCGUGGGUUCCUGGCAGAACUACUGUAUGGCAAGGUCAAUACUCGAGCACGCAAGCAGGAAGAACUACUAUCUCAAAGAUCGAGCUUGAGACGGAUUCCACAUUCAAGCUACGCGUGACAAUCAACAUGUCGCAGGAAGCAGAGGAAGACAUGCAACCGCCUCCAGUGUGGUAUACUGCAGAUCUCGGAAGAACGUUUAAGUUGCCACAUCGAAGCACGCCGUCCAACAUGCUCACUGUCGUCCCAUCACUCCACGACGUCUUCGUCACCUUGGAACUGCCAGGUGUUGUCUACUUGCAAGAAAAGGUGACUGCUCCAAUCAAGCUUGUCAACAAGGAGCUAAAGGCUCUUCGACUGUUUGCGGUCAUCGAUAUGCAUGGCAUGUCAGGCGAUCAUUCUGAGCCGCUCGAUUUUGCCGGUUCGGUUGUAGUCACGAAGGGCAGCAAUUCCGUCGAACGGGGCCCUCAGGGGCUAUUCGCUUUAGGUAUUCAGCAAGCUGGAGCCGAGGACGAAUAUGCCUUGGCUUUCUCUGCGCCAGCCAGUUCCAGCGCUGCCGAGUUGGUUAUCAGCGUCUUUAGCGAAUAUGCAACCGAAGAAGAAGCGUUCGAAGGCUUCGCUGUUGAGCCCACUCGGCGAGCUUCAAGUGUUUCGCUCCGCAGACCUUUCGCAAUUUGUCCUUUGCUGAACACGUUCAGCUCGGUAGGGCCCAUUCGACCUUUUCUUCAGAACUUCAGCAUAGCCGCUGCCGAGAGUUUUAUUUGCAGCUUGCGCAUCGACAUGGAAUUCCUGAAUUUCGAUUCAGAAGUGGAGGUGCUCGCAUAUUCAGUGGAGCCCGCUAGUGUGACUACAUUGAAAGCUCGGCAGGUGGGUCCGAAUCCUCUGCCCGACUCUGUGUGGAAAUGCGGAGAUCGAGCAGAGAUGCUACAUGAGAUCCACCUGGCACCUGACGUUGGGGGACGCAAGGUCGUGCGCAUGUCAUUGCGGUGGCGCCGAGCGACAAGCGGCCAUCAGGCAAUGUCAGGCGCGAAUGUGGCAGACGUCUUCGUCGAUCUGGGAAGCGCCUAUACAUUGCCGCCGACACAAGUCAUCGUCAACACUCCGGGCUCUGUGGACAUAUCUCAGCUAUUGAAUAUUCGGACACGCGUGGACUACUCGGCAAAGGAGCCCACAAAGGCGAUCGCCCUCUCGGUCAAUUCAAGUGCGCAAUUUGCGAUUAGCGGACCUCGCAAGACUAUUAUUCACGCCCUUCUUCCAGGGACGUCCGCGGAUGUAAGGUUACAAUUGUUGCCACUGACCGCAGGAAUGCUCCCCUUACCAAGCAUCCGCGCGAAGGCCCUAGGGGCAGACGACGCGAAUCAUUCGUCGGACCAAUUCGCGAUACCUUGCGUCGGCUCCAACGGCCUAGUUCAGCCUCAAAGCGUCAAUGUUCAUCCACUAUCAUCGCUAUCUGGCGGACAAUAA